AUGGGGGCCCUUCGGAUGCUGUUCCUGCUCCCGCUGCUUCGGGCAGCCGACGGGGAUUCUGGAGAUGGCGUGGAGGCCGAGGAAGUAGUCGCUGUGCUUCAGGAGUCCGUCAGCCUUCCCCUGGAGGUACCAUUCAAUGACAAGGUCGAGGACGUCAUCUGGUCCUCUCGCAUAAGGCUUGCCACGGUGGUUCCGGGGAGAGAGGGACAGCCGGCUACCAUCAUGGUGACCAACGCUCGAUACGCGGGCAGAGUGAGCUUCCCGGACCCCAGCUACUUCCUGCUCACCAGCAAUCUGAGCUGGGAGGACUCAGGGCCUUACAAGGCUCAGGUCAACCUGAGGACGUCCCAGAUCUCCGCCAGGCAGCGUUACAGUCUCCGUGUCUACCGUGAGUCGAGGCUGGGAAUUCUAAAGCUGCUUUUUGGGGCUCUCCUGGGCUUUGCACGCAGAGGAGUAGUGGUCUCAGGACUCAGGGCUGUGGUUUGA